AUGAAUCAUCUUAAAUCAUUUAUUUUAUUAUCUAUUGUGGUAAUUAUUGGAUAUUCAAGUGCACAACCACAAUGUGCAUAUCAAGUUGCAAACAGUAAAUAUUUCAUUCAAGAUGGUUAUUGUGUCUGGGAAUACAAGACGGGAUUGUCGAAACCAAGACAACUCUAUGUUGCUAGCAAUGGUGAUGUUUUAGUUUCAACCAAUGGCAUUAUCACUGUCAUGUAUGAUCUCAAUCAAAAUGGUGUUAUCGAUAGUAAUGAGAGUGCAACUUUAGCAACUGCACCAGGAUUGAAUCAUGCAGUAACAGUAACUGGUAAAUAUCUCUAUGCUACCAGUCCAUCGACUGCCUAUCGUUGGCGAUACACACCGGGAAACAGAACGGAUCUAGGUACACCCGAGGUGGUUUUGAAUAACAUGCCAUCGGAUGGUCAUGUCACCAGAACACUCGCAAUGAUCGAUGAACUAAAGUUCUACAUUAGCAUCGGCAGUGGAUCGAAUGUGGAUCCGAAUUCAUCGCGUGCCAGAGUCUACUAUUGUGACGCCACCGGUUUGACUCUACCGAUUAACUUUACCAACUGUGUAGUUCAGGCCGACGGUUGCAGAAAUGAAGUCGGUUUGCGAUUCGAUCCAACCGGUAGAUUGUGGGGUGUCGAAAAUGGAAUGGAUGAACUGAGCAGACCUGACUUGGUAGCCGAUGCACACAUCAACAAUCCAUGUGAAGAGAUCAAUCUUUUAGAAUCUAGAGGUUCUUUCUAUGGAUAUCCAAGAUGUUGGAGUGAAGGAUAUCUUCCACCCAAUGUAUCAAAGGGUGUUGGUGCAAACUUUGGUGUACUUAAAUCAGAUGAUGAUUGGUGUUUCAAUCAAUCAAAUGUAGUUCGUCCAAAGUUUUGUAUGCCUGCUCAUACUGCACCAUUGGAUUUGCUAUUUUGGAAUUCAACUACAUUCCAACCACCCUAUGAUAAGGGUAUGUUUGUCACUCAACACGGAUCGUGGAAUCGUGUUCCAUCCUCAGGAUAUCAAGUGGUACACAUUCAAACCGAUAGCAACUACAACCCUGUUAAUGCAACGAUGACCAAGUUGUUUGGUGGUAUUCCAGGUGUAAAGGGAGAUCAAUGGGCAUUCCGUCCAGUGUCGGUUGUACGUCUUGCACCCUGUGGUAUCAACAUCACAGAGUGUCUCUUGAUAUCGAGUGAUGAUCCCACCGGUACAAUCAUCGCAAUUCGUUACUCUGGUCAUACCGAUUCCUAUUCUUCGGGCAACAUCCUCAAACCAGUCAUUUCCUCACAAUAUUUAUCAAUUACGAUUGUAUUAUUAUUAUCAAUCAUUACAUUAUUAUUUUAA